AUGGAGGACGACCCGCUCUUCAACUGCGGCCGCGGCAGCGUCUUCACGGCCGCCGGCACCAUCGAGAUGGAGGCCUCGCUCAUGGUCACCUCGGUGCAUGCGGGGCACCCCUCGGAAGCGAUCGUCAAGCGCGGCGUCGGCGUGAUGGGGUUGCGGAAUGUCAGGCAUCCGAUUCGGUUGGCGAGGGAAGUGCUGGAACGGUCGGGGCAGGACGGACGGACCAGGAACAGGGGUGGGGGCAGUGAUGGCGGCAGUAUGCACUCGCAGCUGGUGGCGCCCUAUGUGGAGGAUGUGCUGGCCAGGCAGUGGGGGUUGGAGUUCAAGCCCGAUGAGUGGUUCUUUACGCAGCGGCGGUGGGAGGAGCAUCUGCGGGGAUUGCGGGGUGAGGGCGAGACGAUCACGAUGAGUCAGGGGACGGUGGGGUGUGUUUGUUUGGAUCGCGGGGGUGGGUUGGCGGUUGCUACGAGUACGGGCGGGUUGACGAAUAAGUUGCCGGGGAGGAUUGGGGAUACGCCGACGCUGGGAGCGGGGUUUUGGGCUGAGGCGUGGGAGGAGGACGGCGUUGAGGGGAUGGGGAUGGGGAUGGGGAUGCGGUAUAGGAGGAUGGGGUGUGGUGGUCUGGUGGAUGGCGAGAAGGGGGAGGGGGACAAGGGGGUUUGGGAUCUGACUCUGGGAGAUUGUUUGCCGGGGUUUGUGAAGGAUGGGGCUGAUAGGAUGUUUGAGGCUUUGUGGGGAGAGGAGGAUGGGUUGGCUCGACGGGGUGACGAUGGUGAUGAUGCUGCACAAAAGUCGGAGAAGGAAUGGCUGAUUGCGCACCCGCUGGAGCCGACUCCUGCGCAGAAGGGAGACUUGAAGAAGAAACGUGCGGUUGCGGUGUCGGGGACGGGCAAUGGGGAUUCCUUCCUUCGCACGGCGGCGGCGCGGACGGCUUGCGCCAUGUCCCGGUUCUCAACCCCUAAACCCUCGUUGGCUGAGGCUGUCAGUGCGGUUGCUGGGCCCGGCGGCGAGUUGCAGCGUUCUGCGGGGGAUCGUUGGGGCUCAACGGGCGAAGGUCAGGGGGGUAUUAUUGGUAUAGAGGCUGAGUUGGAGGAUCCCGCGGUCAUGGAUCAUGGUGAUGAUAAAGACCGAACCAAGCUCCGGCGAGGAAAAGUGGUGUUCGAUUUCAAUUGCGGAGGGUUAUGGAGGGCUUGGGUGGAGGAUUCUGGUGAUGGGGAGGAAGUUGAGCGAGUGAUGGUGUUUAAAGAGGAAUAUAAAUAG